UCCCGCCUGCGAGGGCGGUGUGUUUGGCGGGGAGCAAGCGUGGGGAACAAUUGACUUUCGCAUGCGCCACGUGUCGGACAGGCAAAUCUCAUGGUCGUUCACUGGACACGUUACGUGGGGUCAUUUGUUAAUGUCAUUGUGAACCUAACCUGAUGUUCGUCUCAGUGGCCCAAUCUGACAAGACGUGUCUGGUCGCGUAGGUGCCGCACGCGUGUGCGCAUCGUUUAUCUGGCUGAUCAGACGCGCCCAUCCUUUCAUACCGCGAACCAUCACCCUGAGUAGUAGCUAGGCAUCACUUCGAACCCAGAAUACAGACAUUCACACACACACACACACACACACACACACACACACACACAGAGAGAGAGAGAGAGAGAGAGAGAGAGAGAGAGAGACGAUGGCGGCGAUGGGUAAGGUUGUGGCAAAUGACGCAGUUGAAAAUGGCCCUCGAGAUAAUGAGUGGUACCCUCUGAGGAUUGGGGAGACAAUGAUGAAUGGCAGCAAAUCAACUUUGCAGUAUUAUACUCUCCGCUACGAUUUCAAACCUGCAUCUGUGGACCGUACGAAGCCGGGAUCCAUGUUUAAGGAUGCGGAAAAUAAGAUAAUUGUUGAAUUUAGGAAUAAUCAAGCAGGGAAACCGAAAGUUGGAUUUCAAGGUAUAAAUGAGCAGUGCAAGGAGUUGGAGGGGAUUGUCUUUUUCGAUGGCAAGGAGAUUCGACUGGAGCGUCUCUCUCGAGCCGUGAAGAGCUUGCGCCAUAUCCGGACCUCGACCACUGACGCGUCUUCCUCUCAAGCAGGAGGGUUGGGUGCUUCCUCCCCCGAGCUUCCUCUGGACUUGAUUGGCAAUGGUGGCUUCUUUAAUGGUAAUAAUAACCUUCCCGGAGGAGUAGCCGUGGAGAGAAUCUCUCUGAACGGGGGAGCAGCAGGAGUGCCGAGCUCGGUUCCCGAAGUGAAGAAUGAGACAGUGACACCAAAGGUCUCAGCUGGAGGAAAGCGCAAAAAGACGGAGGGCAGCAGCGGGCCGAAGGUCCGGAAACAGAAAGCAGCAGCAUGCACUGCACCCUUGCCGCCUCCAGCGAUGCAUGCAGAGGAAGUGGACAUUCUUGGUGAUUUGGGUGAUGAUCAUCAUGCGGCUGUCUCUCAGCCCGAGAAACUUCCAGAGGUUGGGGAGGUGGAGACAAUUGAAGUAGGCAUCGAAGAGGUCGGGGAAGAAGAUACAAGCGACUACGAGUUGAAUGACUUUGAGAGCGAGGAAGAGGGAGAAGCUUGUGGCGGGUUGGGGACAGGGGCGGCUGUGGCACCGGAAGCCGAUGCUGCUGUUGCAAUUGAUAGUGACCAUUGCCCCGGAGGAAAGGGUGAAGCUGGGAGCUCAAGCUCUAGUGGGAGCAGUGACAGUGGGUCGGACAGCGGAUCGGUUAGCGAAAGCGGCUCCGACAGUGAUAGUGGAAGUGACGGUUGUGAGGACGAUGAUGAGGAUUCUGCAAGUUCAGGAGAUGACUAAAAUUGGCGGGAUGUGUGUCAUCAUGAUAUGAGAUUCGUUUCCGAUAGAACUUGUUUUCAACUUCUUCUGGCGUGUGCCAUGAAGUGAAACCAGCACUCACUAUUUGAGGCAUAGCUUUUGUCUGCUGGUUGCAUGCUCUGAGCAAUCGAAGUUCAUUUUUGCCUCUUCCAUGUCUAGCCAGUGAUUCACACUGAGAGACAGGUGAACUAACAUCGAUGAUGCUUUGUUUGCCAACGUGAAGUUGUUCGUCAUUUAUUAGUUCUUCCCUUUUUUUUGGAUGCCGAGUCUUAGAGCAUUUGAUUCUGUAAAAGUUCUUAGAGUAGGAGGAUUUGUCUGACAAAUUGCCGCAGCACAAUUGGUUUGGUAACAACACGUGGGCCCUUGGAUAGGUUCAUUGUGAUAAUGUGCCGGGCUCACUAGCAUCUGGGCCACGAUGUUUGAGAUUCAACAGGGGAUGUGGAAGACAGCACUCGCUUCUGCUGCAAUUCUCUCUGAUUUUCCAUCAGUUUAUAUUGGUUACGAUUCGAUGGAGUGGUCUGAUCACAAGUGAUUGGAACACGCACCUAUGUAUGGAGGGUACGCACUGCUGGUGCUACGUGUGUGCAGGCUGCUCAUUGGUGCGGUCAGGCCAGUCUCCGGGUGCAGACAAUCUACACUGAAAUGCAGGGAAGCCCUGAGGCUGAAUCACAUCGCUCUCUCCAUCGUGCUCAAACACACACAUGUACACACAAACACAACUCACACACAAACACAGACACACAUAGCCUUGUGCCUGCCGGGGACUCAGCAUUGUAACGUUUUCGUUACAGUCAAGAUCAGUGUUGCACAUGCCGACGGUCGGCAGCCCUUGACUAGUGGGUUGCCGACCAGCCGACCGGUCAGCUGGUCGGCACCUGCCGGUCGGGGAUCAUCGGCACCCCGGACAAAAAAAAGAAAGAAAAAAGAAGGGUCCAGAACCCCUAAUAGCCCCACCAACACCGAUGUGAUGUGUGAAAACUCGCAUGAGAGAGAGAGAGAGAGAGAGAGAGAGAGAGAGAGAGAGAGAGAGAGAGAGAGAGAGAGAGAGAACAAAUAGCCCUUUAACAUUAAUCAGAAAACCCCUGCAAAUAAUAAGCAAGGGCCUCCUCUCCACGAAAGUCGAACUUCUCAAACACAUUGCAGGGCAGCAGGACGCCAACUAUAUAUGGUGUAGAUUCGCAUUAAGGUCCGCGUUUCAGCAGUUAUGGGAGCACAGAGCACGUGAUUAUCUGGGCAACUCACCACGUGAUUUUCAGGGCUUCCCUGCACUACUCGCCCAAUGUGCAAAGCUAGAAUGAAUCUUUUACUAGAAC